AUGCCGCCUCCUUUUACCCGGUUGGCUUCUUGCUGUAAUUUGGUAAAACGUUCAUGGAAUCUCCAACGUGUUAGUUCGGUUGUCUAUACAACAUGCUCCGACGUGUCAGACUCUUCUUCGGAUACCAAUGUGUUAUGUCGUGCGCUUGAAAAACUCGGUAAGUUCAAGGUAAUUAAUGAAACCCUAUUGGAGCAGUCGAAAAGAGAACGUAGAAGUGCGCUGUUAUAUAUGCGUGAAUUGAAAGAGUCUGGUUUUAAACAUGAUCUAGAAACUUACAUGGCAGUUGUUCGAUUGCUGUGUCAUUGGGAUUGGGGUAUGGAUGCAAGGUCAAAUAAUGUGAUUAAUGACGUUAUUGAUAAUACAAAUUGGGAAGUUGUUAGUUUUAAAAUUUCUGAUGAUCUGUUUGACGCGUUGAUGGAGGAAAAUUUGAUAAAAGCUGUUAAUGGGUUGCUUACGGUGUAUGCAAGUGCUGGAAAGUUUAAGGAGGUGAUACACACUUUGAUCAAGAUGAAAAGGAGGGGUGUACUUGUGGUGUCAACAAAAACGUGUAAUUUUAUAAUGUCCCAGUUAAUUAAAGAGGACUUAGAGGAUAUCGUAGAGCAGGUUUACAGAGUACUGAGGAGGGAUGGAAUGAUUCCUAAUUUGUAUACAUAUGGGCUCCUGUUGUACGUAAUUUGUAAGAAGGGUUGUUUGAAAGAAGCUUGGAACGUGAUUGAAGAAAUGAAAGAGGCUGGAGUUGAACCUGAUGAUCUCACUUAUCGUAUGUAUAUUUAUGCCCUUUGCUGCAAUGGGAAAACUGAUUUAGCCUUUCAGUUAGUAAAGAAAUUGAAUAAGCCGUUGCUUAAUGUUUAUCCAUAUUAUUAUAUCAUUCAAGUUAUGGUAUUACAGUCGAAGCUACAAGAGGCAGAAGAUAUGUUUCUUGAAAUGAAAAUUAGAGAAGUUGUCCCCAAUGCAGAUUGUUAUGGUGAGUUAAUUGGAGGGUAUUGUCUGAAAGGGGAUACUGACAAGACAUUGGAUCUUUGUAAGGAAAUGGAAUCAGGAGGUAUUAAAAUCGAUCAUAAGUUUGUGAGGCGGAUGAUGGAACACUUGUGGCAUAUAGGGAAGCUUGAUGAAGCUCUAUGCUUGUUCAAGCAUUUUACGCAGCAAUCAAGGGUUUUCAUUGAUGAGGUCUCGUUUUCUAUUGCAAUUGAUGCUGCAUGUAAAGUAGGGAAAAAGGAUGAUGCCAUGGGGUUGAUAGAUGAGAUGAAAAGCAGGAAAAUCAUGCCUGUUGUUAGGCAGGCACAAGCAGGGUUUCAAGUUCAACGGGUUCAACCAAACAUGGGUCAAGGUGAAGGGGUGGAGGGUGUUCCAGAUGCAUGUGUUCAAAACGAAGGUGUUCAUGAUGGAGCGGUCCAAGAUGCUAGGGAUCAAGCUGCAGUGGGUACUGUUGGACAGUUGAAUACUACCCAACAAACUCUUGCACUCCAUAAGUUGACUAGUCUCAAUGCUCUUCAUGCUAGGAUUCUUAAGAAGUUUAGGAAGUCUAAGAGGCAAGUGAAGAUGAAAGAUUAG